AUCAAACGCCAAAACCCUAACCAAGAAAGAACAGAAAAUGCUUUGUUCCUUUUCAGUUUGAUCCAAGAAGAUAUUUGAGGCUAACACCGAAACAGUCAAACAGACACCACGCUUCUGUGUGAAGUGUGAACUUGGAAUAUAUUUAUACCCACGUAUAUAUAUACAAAUACAUAUAGACAUGGACAAUGGAGGCAAAGAUAGAGAAGAGGAACAAGACGGCAUGUCCGUACAUUCUCCUUGCAAAGCUCCCCCUUCCUCUGCUUCUUCUCUCCCCAAGGAGCAAUCACAGGUGGAAUUGGAGCUUAGACUGUUAGAAGCUUUGGAAAUUUAUCCUCCAGUUAAGCUACAAGGCAUACAUCGCCACUUUGUCCUCUAUGGUUUGAUGGAGUUUCUUCGGAAAAGCUUUGACCGACACUUCUCUUCUGAUGAGGUCCUGCAGCUGCUGGAUCGUUUCUACAACUUAGAAAUGCUGAAACCAGAUGAUGAGGAGAUGGAAAUCCUGAAUCACGAGGAAGAUUUUUGCUUGCCUCAAAGUUUUUUCGUCAAGGAAGAAUCAUAACUGACAAUUUUGGUAUAUAUACACGUUUUGUUUAAACUUGUUUGUUCAUCACUUUUUUUUUUUGGCUAGAUUGUACAGUGGUGCCUUUUCUCUAUCUUUCUAUAUUUUCUGUAUCUCCAAAUCUUUAUGCGCAUACUUGAUGGGGGAUCGAUGUUCUUUAAAAUAUAUUUGGAAGGGUUAGUGUGA